UCUUCCGCAUCUCUCUGUGUCCCCGCCCCCGCCCCGCUGGAAGCUACGAGUUGUAGGAGCACCCAGGCGUCCGUCUCUCUCCGUCUCCUUCCGGUGCCGCGCGGUGAGAGGAGGAGGCCCAGGCCGUAGAGCAUGUCGUCGUCGGAGAUGGAGAUGGCGGGUGGCGGCGUCGAGGACGCGUACGGCGAGGACAGGGCCACCGAGGAGCAGCUCGUCACGCCGUGGGCAUUCUCCGUCGCCAGCGGCUACACUCUGCUGAGGGAUCCCCGCCACAACAAGGGCCUGGCCUUCUCCGAGGCGGAGCGCGACGCGCACUACCUGCGCGGCCUUCUCCCCCCGGCCAUGGCGUCCCAGGAGCUCCAGGAGAGGAAGCUCAUGCACAACCUGCGCCAGUACACGGUCCCUCUGCACCGGUACGUCGCCAUGAUGGACCUUCAGGAGAGGAACGAGAGGCUUUUCUACAAGCUCCUGAUCGACAACGUGGAGGAGCUGCUCCCCGUGGUCUACACGCCAACCGUCGGCGAGGCGUGCCAGAAGUACGGCAGCAUCUACAGGCGCCCACAGGGCCUGUACAUCAGCCUCAAGGACAAGGGGAAGAUCCUCGAGGUGCUCAAGAACUGGCCCGAGAGGAGCAUUCAGGUCAUCGUCGUCACCGACGGCGAGCGCAUUCUGGGCCUUGGGGAUCUGGGUUGUCAGGGGAUGGGAAUUCCUGUCGGCAAACUGUCUCUGUACACCGCCCUCGGAGGCGUUCGCCCGUCAGCUUGCCUGCCGAUCACAAUUGAUGUUGGCACGAACAAUGAGACUUUGCUCAAUGACGAGUUCUACAUCGGGCUCCGGCAAAGGCGUGCUACUGGCGAGGAAUACCAUGAGCUGCUUGAAGAGUUCAUGGCCGCAGUUAAGCAGAAUUAUGGUGAGAAGGUCCUCAUCCAGUUUGAAGACUUUGCGAACCACAAUGCUUUUGACUUGCUUGCGAAGUACAGCAAGAGCCAUCUUGUGUUCAACGAUGAUAUCCAGGGAACAGCAUCCGUAGUCCUCGCAGGCCUCUUGGCAGCGCUCAAGGUGGUCGGUGGGACUCUUGCAGAUCACACUUACCUGUUCCUUGGCGCCGGUGAGGCUGGAACUGGUAUUGCAGAUCUCAUUGCUCUUGAGAUGUCGAAACAGACCGAUGCUCCGAUCGACGACUGCCGCAAGAAGAUCUGGCUCGUCGACUCCAAGGGGCUGAUCGUUGAGUCGAGGAAGGAGUCGCUCCAGCACUUCAAGAAGCCAUGGGCGCACGAGCACGAGCCCCUCAAGACCCUGCUGGAGGCCGUGCAGUCCAUCAAGCCGACAGUGCUGAUCGGGACCUCCGGCGUCGGCCGCACCUUCACCAAGGAAGUCGUGGAGGCCAUGGCGUCCUUCAACGAGAAACCUGUCAUCUUCUCGCUGUCGAACCCGACGUCCCACUCGGAGUGCACGGCGGAGGAGGCGUACGCGUGGACCCAGGGCCGCGCGGUGUUCGCCAGCGGCAGCCCGUUCGACCCCGUUGAGUACGAGGGAAAGGUCUACGUGCCUGGCCAGUCGAACAACGCCUACAUCUUCCCGGGGUUCGGGCUCGGCGUGGUCAUCUCCGGCGCCAUCCGCGUCCACGACGACAUGCUGCUCGCCGCCUCGGAGGCGCUGGCGGAGCAGGUGACCGAGGAGCACUUUGGCAAGGGUCUCAUCUUCCCGCCCUUCACCAACAUCCGCCGGAUCUCGGCUCGCAUCGCCGCCAAGGUGGCCGCCAAGGCCUACGAGCUCGGCCUGGCCAGCCGCCUGCCGCGCCCCGACGACCUCGUCAAGUACGCCGAGAGCUGCAUGUACACCCCCGCCUACCGCAGCUACCGGUGAUGACCACCGGAUCGAGCUCCCGGCCAUCCGCGGAGAAGGCCACAUUUUUGCUGCAGGGUCGUCUGAGUGGACUGAGUGAGUGAAUAAAAAAAAAUCAGCUGGAGCUUGUUACUGCUGCUGUUAGAAGAAUUGAUAAGUUGUUUUGUACUUUUUUGUACUUUUGUGUAUCCCCGCAUACGACGUUUACGGGAAUGUAAUAGUACUGUGAGUCACAUUUUAUUGAUACAAUUGUCUCAGUUCUUAUAAAGUUUAUUGGCGGAUGCAGAGGAACUAAAUAAAAAGCUCUAUUUAUGAGUUUAUGUA